AAGCUGUCACCUAGAAAACUUCCAACUUCCGAAGUUGAAAACAAAACACAGCUACAUUUUGCUUUCUUAAGUCCCCAGGAAGCGUUUAGCACUUACCUCUCCGCUGUGGGACGUCCAGGUGAAGACAAAUACAGGGAACCUGACAGAAGUGUGUGAAUUGUGUGGCUCAGCAGCCCAUUUUAUCCAGUGGUGGGCCUCCAUUGAGGAUGACAAUGGAAGAGAUGAAGAAUGAAGCUGAGCCAAAUUCAAUAGUCUCUAUGACAUUGUAUGCAGUCAUGUACCCGGUCUUCAAUGAGUUGGAGAGGAUAAACCUGUCAGCGGCACAGACGUUGCGGGCAGCAUUUGUCAAAGCAGAGAAGGAGAACCCAGGGCUCACUCAAGAUAUCAUUAUGAAGAUACUGGAGAAGAAGAAUGUGGAGAUCAACUUCACAGAGUCACUACUGCGCAUGGCUGCAGAUGAUGUGGAGGAGUACAUGAUUAAGAGACCUGAACAGGAGUUCCAGGACCUGAAUGCGAAAGCACGAGCUCUCAAACAUAUCCUGAGUAAAAUCCCAGAUGAGAUCAACGACAGAGUGCGCUUUCUACAGACUAUCAAAGACAUCGCCAGUGCUAUAAAGGAGCUGCUGGACACAGUCAACAAUGUUUUUAAGAAGUAUCAGUACCAGAAUCGCAGGGCACUUGAACACCAAAAGAAGGAGUUUGUGAAGUACUCCAAAAGCUUCAGUGACACGCUGAAAACAUACUUCAAAGACGGAAAGGCAAUAAACGUCUUUAUCAGUGCCAACAGGCUUAUCCACCAAACUAACUUGAUACUGCAGACCUUCAAAACCGUCGCCUAGAAGAAGCAGCUGUGAUGUGUGCGGGUGUGUGAAGCCAGUGAUGUGUAAUAUACAAAGAUUUUUUUUUUUUGUCUUUUGAAAGCAUAAUUUAUAAACUUCGCCUCAUUUGAAGGAACCUGAAAUGAGUUCAAGACAUGUUAAUUUACUCUUAGAUGAAUAAUCAUGAUUUCCCCCCCACUGCUCUUCAUUACCUUUUUCUUUCACUGUUGUUCCAAUCAAAUGAAAGCCAAAAGACUUUGCGCCUUAAAGUGUCAUGCAACAUUCCAUAUACAAUGUGUAAAUAUCGGUAUUCUUUCUUUUGUCAUUCAGGCAUAAAGAAUAAGAGUAAAUGAUGUAUUUAUCAGAGAUUUGGUUAUAAAUGUUCAAUAAAUAGUUUCCAAAUGUUUAA